GAAACGUGCACAACAGAUCAAAUAAUGGACUCUGAGCUAAACAUUACUACAUACAAAUUAAUCCGUUGCGAUUCCCACAGUAGGCACACUGGUGGAGUGCUAAUGUAUAUACACGAAACUAUAGAAUUUAACAUAGUCUGCAAUAAAGCUAUUAAUGCUAAUAUGUGGUGUAUCAUUAUAAAAAUUAAAAAUUGUGCAUUGAAAUGGCAAAUUGGUGUGCUCUACCGUUCACCAAGUAGCAGUGAUGCUGACUAUGUUAUAUAUUUAAAUGAGCUCAUUAAUGAAUACCUCAAAGAAUCAGAUAAUAAUCUAAUAGUCGGAGACUUUAACUUAAACAUGAAUAUAUCGUCAACAUACUCAAACCAGCUUACAAGUUUAUUUGCGCAAAUGGCAAUGAUACAAAGAAUUAGUUUUAACACGAGAAUAACACAGUACUCAGCCACAAAAAUUGACUUAUUAUUCAGCAAUAAUGAUCAAAUCAAAACGGAGUGUGGAAGUGAAUAUAAGAUAUCCGACCAUGAGACAAUUUAUUUUAAAGUGCCAACUACAAAAUAUCUCAAAAUGAGAACAUAUGUAACUGUCGUCUCUUGGGAGCACUAUAGCGCUGAGAAUCUUAUACACCUGUUGCGAGCGUAUGAUUUUAGCCGCGUGUCUAAUAUUGAAAUAGAAAAUAGAGUCCAGGUUUUGAAUGGUAUUCUGACCGAAGCCAUGCAAACACUGACGUACGAGAAGAGAAUCCAUAAGCAGCUGAGAAAUAAGUGGUAUGACCGUGAGCUAGCAGUACUUAACAAGAGAAAAUUUUACUCCUAUAAUAUUGCGAUAAGCACAGGCCAAUGGCAUGAUUAUAAUGUUAUUAAAAAACUAUAUAAAAAAACUAUAAUAUUUAAAAAGAAGAAAUAUAUGGAAAAUCAAGUACUUAAAAAUGAAGGAAACAUGAAAUUGAUGUGGAAAUGUUUGAAAGAUACUGCUGAACUGACAAAUAGAAGGGAAUAUAUCACACAAAAAUAAUAUUCAAAGGUGA